AUGCCUCUUCGCCCGAGCAAAACAUAUGCUCGCUUUAAUGUUGGGUCAUAUGUGAAGGAAAUAAAACAACAACGAGAUUGUUUGGCUACAACUAAUCAGUCUAUUGAGAAUAAAAAGUGAGAAGUCAAAGCCGCUCAACACAAGUUAAAGCGUUUGGAAUCAAAGGUAUGCACAGAAAUAUGUCAGACAAAUCCUGUAACUCAAUUGUUUGUUUUCUGAGCUAUUGAGAAGGUAAUAAAAAACAAUAUUGGUAAAAUAAAAUACAAAUAUUGGUAAAAUAAAAGUCAUAACUGCAAUUAAUCUUGAACAAUAGCCUAGUUUAUCACCUAUUCAUUCUGUAUGUGAUGUAUUUGUUUUAAUGUACAUAGGUGUAUGAGGAGACUGCCUGUGAGGGGGGGGGGGGGUAUAUGCUACAUAUUUGUCUUGUCUCCAUAGGCGUACAAGAGAGGGGGCUGCAGCCACUCGAAUAUUUUUUUGGUUGGUCAAAUUGUACUUAAAAGCCGAGCAGAUGAUGCUUAAAAAUCGGGCAAUACUACUUAAAGCAAUGCAUAUUAAAAUCAUUGAAAAAGCUAGGAAGAUAUAUGCAAGAUUGGGAAAAUGUUUUAUCCAAUUUUUCGGUGAGGAGCUCAUCCUUUUACCUAGAUGAGGCAAUUUUUUGUCCGCUCCAAUUUUUUUUGUCAUGUACGCCUAUGUCUUAUUGUAUUUAUUUUGUAUUUACAUAAUAGUUGUCAGAAACAAUUGCAAGAGUCGAUGCUCAACAGGAAGGCUUUCAAAUCAAAACGGCUGGGGAACCCAAAGGGACAUUCCUUUCUGAUCUGUCUAUUUCUAGAAGACGCAAGUUGCCUACCUCCAUCCAAAUACCAGCAAGAACCAAGAAAAGACGUGUACAAGAAACGUUUCAGGCAGCUCUUGAAAUAAAUGGGGGCACAAAAGAAAAUCCUGACCCUGCUUUGGUUGGAAUGAUUGAAAUGCUGAGGUCAAAGUGUUCCAGAGAUGCUGUGGUUUCUGCUGUUUGUGACAAAGAGGUACUUGCAAUCAUAUCACCUCAACAUUCCAUGGCAGAAGUUGUGCAGAGUAUGAAACAGGUAAUGAAAACAUGUUACGAAGUGUGACAGUAUACUAUGGAAUGGGAGUCAUGGGAGAAAGGAAGUACAUGAAAGUUUGCCAAUCUCUUUCGUUUAAAAAUGUAUCUUCCAAGUGGAAGAAAACCACUCAAAUAAAAGUUGGGAACUGUUCAGUACCUGCCCUUGUUCCAUACUACAAGCCUGCAAAGUUUUUGGAGGAAAUAAACAUUGGAACAUUGCAUUCAGUUGAGGAUUUGUGUGAGAAUUCAGAUGAUAAAAUCAAUGGGUUCUACCGCAAUCUCCAAGAGUACCUUCCCCGGUUAGCUGAAUUCUACCUGAAAGUUUACAAGGAAGAUGACUUUGACUGGUUUGGAAGUCCUUUUACAUUCAAAGUAGCAAUAGGGGGAGAUGGAGCCCCGUUUGGUAAGAAUGACCAAUCAUGUGCCUGGCUGGUAAGUUUUUUAAACAUAGGUAAGCGUUUCUUAAGCAGUGAGGAUAAUUUCUUGAUUUUCGGUGCAAAUUGUUCAGAGAACUGCACUGCUGUAGAAAAAGAUGUUUCUAACAUUCUAAGUGACAUAUCAUAUUUGGAAAAGAAUAUUUUCUCGAUAAACGGAAAAAAUGUCAAAUUCGAGUUCUCCGAAUUACCCAAUGAUAUGAAAAUGCUCUGUUUCUUGGCCGGAGAACUGAGCAACAGUGCGAAAUAUUUUUCGACUUUCGCUAAGGUUUCAUAUGAUGAUACGAGUAAAAUCGAUUUUACAUUCGGGCAUAGUGAAGAUGAUAAAUGGAGACCAUGGGCUUAUGAGGAGUGGUUAAGUGUAGCCAAGCAAGUUGAAAAUUUGGAAAGAAAACUUGUUAAAUCAAAAUUGGUUAAAAACACCAAACGAAACAAGGUUACUAAUAUAGAGUGA